AAUGAGCUGAUGUGUUCCUGUUCCGCAUUCUAUCCUGAUCAACAAGAUUUCGUUCACAGCACUCUUCUGGACGCAUACCCCAUACGAAAUUCUCCUCAGCUGAAGGUUAUCCAUCGCCAUGGUAACGCACGUGAUAAGGUUGUCCCACCUGGCUGUCAUUCUCUCCGUGGUAACCAUGGUGAUGCCUACGUCAGAGGGGAAGUUGGGCCUGAUAGACAUUCUGCAGCAUGUUGUCAACAACAAGUUUACCUGGCAAAAUUGUGGUGACCCUGUUACACAGAGCUUCAAUAUCACAAUGUUUCCGAACCCGCCAGUCAGGGGAGAAGAUUUCCAAGUCUCCAUUGAGUUUGUACCAGAUGCUGACCUCACCAACGGGAAAGUUGACCUGGAUUUUUGGCACGACUAUCGGCCAGCGUUCGCCAUUCCCUAUCCCAUCUGUAAGACAGGCACCAAGGAAGAACACUGUCCGAUGAGGAGGGGAGUCCUGGAGAGGAUUCAGAGCAAACUGAUGGUACUCCCGAUGUACAUCGAAUCGGGCCACUAUAACGCCACAGCCACCAUGGUGAACCAGAGCGGCCAUCAGAUGCUGUGCGCCACCAUGGAGGGAGACAUCCAGUAGGGGCUUCUAUAUCAUAAAACAUGCAAUAUAUGUCAAAGGAUAUCAAAACAAGCAUGUAAGAAGAAAUCAGUGCGUUACAGAUCAAGACUUAAAACACUAUUGACGUUCAAUAUAAUCGGUAUCAUGAUGUUUAUGUUUUUGAGAUUGUCAAUACUCUAUGCAACCAUUCAAUAUUUUGAAACAAGUCGAAAUAUCGAGACUUAUUUCAAAACACUAGUACUAACCGGACAUCGUUGAAUAAAGAUGGAAUUGAAAUGAUA